AACACAGAGAUCAAUAGCUUAGCAAAAAAAAAAGUUAGUAACGGCGGCUCCCGGCGUGACUGUAAUUCCACAAAACUGGAUAUUAUCCGAGACUUCGCCCACCUCUCCAAAGUGCCUUUCUGUCAUUGUUCGCAAAGAUGCCCAAAGGAUUCCUGGUUAAAAGAAACAAGAAAUCAGCACAUGUUUCCUACAGGACUCGUUCCGACGAAGAUGAGCGGGAACAUUACAUCCCAGGCGUUCAGAGUCAGGUGGACUCAUCCCCGCCUGUCUCUGCUGCGUCCAGUCCCGACCGCGCAGCCCCAUCGCCAGACGUCGCGGAAGACGGAUCGGUCCCCAGCAAAGACGCGAAAGCGCUUCAGUUUGGCAACCCCGAGGUGGUGUACAAAACCCUCUACAGCCCCACCCGGCCCAUCAGCAAGGACUAUGAGCGGCGAUAUUACGAAAGAAGUUUCAAUCUAGGUUCACCGAUUUCUGCCGAGUCAUUCCCAACAGCUGCCUCGCUCAGCAGCUUAGAUCAUCUACUGUUCGCCCCGGUGGAUUUGAAAAUAGGCACCAGCAACAGCAACCGCAGCGGCAUCACCACCAGCAACACCGCUACAGCCAUCAGGGGCGGGACCAAGAGGCCCGCAUCCGACACAGAGCGCAAGAGCAAACCUGCCUCGAAAAAACCCAAAGCCAUCCGAAAGCUGAAUUUUGAAGACGAAGUGACAACCUCUCCCGUACUUGGUCUCAAAAUUAAAGAGGCUCCGGUCGACUUUAAACCGAGAACGCAGAUAUCGGAAGGCGGGAAACCAUUAGGAGAAUUUGUUUGUCAACUGUGUAAGGAGGCAUACGCGGACCCCUUUUCUUUGGCUCAACACAAGUGCUCGAGGAUAGUGCGAGUUGAGUACAGGUGUCCUGAGUGUGAUAAGAUGUUCAGCUGCCCGGCUAACCUUGCCUCUCACAGGCGCUGGCACAAGCCGCGAACGCAGAGCGCAGCGGGGAUACCAUCAACCCAGAGCAUCAAAUCCGAAAUCGCCAAAAUGCCCCCCGGUGUCAAGUCCAUCACGGAGGAAGCCAAAGAUCCAAGAACCGACCUACUGAGUGACAGAGACACCCCAAGCCCGGGUGUGUCUGAAUCAGGCUCAGAAGACGGUUUAUAUGAUUGUCAAUACUGUGGUAAAAGGUUCAAACGUCAGGCAUACCUAAGAAAACACAUUAUUGGACACCAAGCCUUGCAUAAUAAAAUGUUCGAGGAACACGCGUUUCAAAACAUCGAUAGAGUGGAAGAGCAGGUGCAAGUGUCCUCCACAUCCCCAGAGGAAAAUCAAAACCAAAGUCCCCUGAAUCUAAGCCCCGUGGACUGCCUACUCUGCCCAGUUUGCGGGGAUAAUUUUCCGAACAGGGCAAGCCAGGAGAGACACCUGCGUCUCAUGCACUCCUCCCAGGUUUAUCCAUGCAAGUACUGCCCUGCUACUUUCUACAGCUCACCAGGACUCACAAGGCAUAUCAACAAAUGCCAUCCGUCGGAAAAUAGGCAGGUGAUCCUGCUUCAAAUGCCGGUGCGCCCCGCUUGCUGAAAAGAAGAAAAACGGGUGCCUUCAACGAAAGCGAAGAAAGCGUUAAAAAGGUUAAUUGCCUAACGAGGAAAGACACGGCAGCUUGAUGUUUAGAUUUUGUUUUCGAUGAGAGAUGUAUUCAUGCCAAUCAGUUGGUUAUUAAAUGCUUAUCAAUUCCUUGAAUAAAAAAAAAUAGUAUAUAUUUUGAGAUUUCUCUCAAAUUAGUUUAUCGAAAGAAAACAAAGCGUUAGUUUGACUGUUAAAGGUAUUUUUCUAGGACAGCUGCACACGUGCUCAAUAGCUUCUAGACCUAAGAACUGUUUAAUUUACUAUGGGUAUUUUCCCUCAUAAAAGCCUUUUAAUUCACUGACCGUGAAUAUCUGUAUCAUUACGCUUUUGUGCUAACUUAUGAAUCAUGCAGGACAGACUCAGCCUUUCAACUUUGUCUUAACUUCAAAAUAUCGAAAAAUUCCCCUUUAGUAGAACCAGAAAUGCCUUUAGAAUGUAAACACAUUACUCUGCUGUACAACUGCCUUAACAAAGUCAGCAUAAUAUAAUGAUUGUUUUAAUUUUUAAUGCUGGCACAUAUUAUUGUUGCAAUAUUGUUUCAUCAUAAUUUUAUUUAUUUAUUUAUUUAUUCUAUUUGCAAUUAUGUAAUUUAUUGUUGUGUUGUGUGAUUAUUCGGUGGGUCGAUCUGGCAGUUCACAUGUCGUAGCCAAAUGUUUUGUCUAAGUUAUGAGUUGUGCUAAUUGUCGUGGAUCCUGUCUAAAUCUUCAAUCUCCACAGCUCGUGUAAAACGUAAAGCUCUUACUUUAGAUGCAAUCUUUUUCUAUGAACAGGUUAUUUUCUUAAAUGUUUGCUUUUAUAGCGCUUUGAUUGUAUGUGUACAUGAUGUCGUCA